CUCCUUAGAUUACUAUGGGAUGGUAGGGGCCUGAGCGUCGGAGAAGCAGGGAAGCAUAGCCCAAGGAAAAGGGCUUGGAUUUAGAAGAAGCAAGCCUUACUGGGGAUAUUUUUUUUUGGGGGGGGAUCUUGGUUAUGCGGAGGGAGGAAGAGGAGCUUGUGUAGCCCGGCCGAACUUGAGGCAGCGCGAAGGCCCCCUCAGGCGGCGCCGAGGGCAGCCCCGCCGCCGGGGCCUGGUGCAGCCGCCGCGGCCGCUGUCAGGGAAGCGCAGGCGGCCAAUGGAACCCAGGAGCGGCCGCUGCUGCUGAGGCGGCGGUGUCGGCAGCCCGACCCCGACCGCCCGCACCCCCUCCGCGGGGGUCCCCCGGAGCUUGGAAGCUCGAAGUCUGGCUGUGGCCAUGGGAGACACGGUAGUGGAACCUGCCACCCUGAAGCCAACUUCUGAGCCCACUCCUGGUCCAUCAGGGAAUAACGGGGGCUCCUUGCUAAGCGUCAUCACGGAGGGGGUCGGGGAACUAUCAGUGAUUGACCCCGAAGUGGCCCAAAAGGCCUGCCAGGAGGUGCUAGAGAAGGUCAAGCUUUUGCAUGGAGGCGUGGCCGUUUCUAGCAGAGGCACUCCACUGGAGGUGGUCAAUGGGGAUGGUGUGGACAGUGAGAUCCGCUGCCUGGACGAUCCUCCUGCCCAGAUAAGAGAGGAGGAAGAUGAGAUGGGGGUCACUGUGGCCUCGGGCACAGCCAAGGGAGCAAGAAGGCGGCGGCAGAACAACUCAGCCAAACAGUCUUGGCUGCUGAGGCUAUUUGAGUCAAAACUAUUUGACAUCUCCAUGGCCAUUUCAUACCUGUAUAACUCCAAGGAGCCUGGAGUGCAAGCCUACAUCGGCAAUCGGCUCUUCUGCUUUCGCAAUGAGGACGUGGACUUCUAUCUGCCCCAGUUGCUUAACAUGUACAUCCACAUGGAUGAGGACGUAGGUGACGCCAUCAAGCCCUACAUAGUCCACCGAUGCCGCCAGAGCAUUAACUUUUCCCUACAGUGUGCCCUGUUGCUCGGGGCCUACUCUUCAGACAUGCACAUUUCCACUCAACGACACUCCCGUGGGACCAAGCUACGGAAGCUGAUCCUCUCAGAUGAGCUGAAGCCAGCUCACCGAAAGAGGGAGCUGCCCUCCUUGAGCCCAGCCCCUGACACAGGGCUGUCUCCCUCUAAAAGGACUCACCAGCGCUCUAAGUCAGAUGCCACCGCCAGUAUAAGUCUCAGCAGCAACCUGAAACGAACAGCCAGCAACCCCAAAGUGGAGAAUGAGGAUGAGGAGCUCUCCUCCAGCACCGAGAGUAUUGAUAACUCAUUCAGUUCCCCUGUCAGACUAGCUCCUGAGCGAGAAUUCAUCAAGUCCUUGAUGGCGAUCGGCAAGCGGUUGGCCACGCUCCCCACUAAGGAGCAGAAAACACAGCGGCUGAUCUCAGAGCUCUCCCUGCUUAACCAUAAGCUCCCUGCCCGAGUCUGGCUGCCCACUGCUGGCUUUGACCACCACGUGGUCCGCGUGCCCCACACCCAGGCUGUUGUCCUCAACUCCAAGGACAAGGCUCCCUACCUGAUCUAUGUGGAAGUCCUUGAAUGUGAAAACUUUGACACCACCAAUGUCCCCGCCCGGAUCCCUGAGAACCGAAUCCGGAGCACACGGUCCGUAGAGAACCUGCCCGAAUGCGGUAUCACCCAUGAGCAGCGGGCAGGCAGCUUUAGUACUGUGCCCAACUAUGACAACGAUGAUGAGGCCUGGUCCGUGGACGACAUAGGCGAGCUGCAGGUGGAGGUGAGGGAACUCACAGAGCUCCCUGAAGUGCACACCAACAGCUGUGACAACAUCUCCCAGUUCUCUGUGGACAGCAUCACCAGCCAGGAGAGCAAGGAGCCUGUGUUCAUUGCAGCAGGGGACAUCCGACGGCGCCUUUCGGAGCAGCUGGCUCACACCCCCACAGCCUUCAAACGAGACCCAGAAGACCCUUCUGCAGUUGCUCUCAAAGAGCCCUGGCAGGAGAAAGUGCGGCGGAUCAGAGAGGGCUCUCCCUAUGGCCAUCUCCCCAAUUGGCGGCUCCUGUCAGUCAUUGUCAAGUGCGGGGAUGAUCUUCGGCAGGAGCUGCUGGCCUUCCAGGUGCUGAAACAGCUGCAGUCCAUUUGGGAACAGGAGCGAGUGCCGCUGUGGAUCAAGCCAUACAAGAUUCUUGUGAUUUCGGCUGACAGUGGCAUGAUUGAACCCGUGGUCAACGCUGUGUCCAUCCACCAGGUGAAGAAACAGUCACAGCUCUCCUUGCUCGAUUACUUCCUUCAGGAGCAUGGCAGUUACACCACUGAGGCAUUCCUCAGUGCCCAGCGCAAUUUCGUGCAAAGUUGCGCUGGCUACUGCUUGGUCUGCUACCUGCUGCAAGUCAAGGACAGACACAAUGGGAACAUCCUUUUGGACGCAGAGGGCCACAUCAUCCACAUUGACUUCGGUUUCAUCCUGUCCAGCUCUCCCCGAAACCUGGGCUUUGAGACGUCAGCCUUUAAGCUGACCACAGAGUUUGUGGACGUGAGUCAGGAAGGAGAGGUGCCUCACUGUGUUCUUUCUCUGUCAUGGGAGUGGGCUCCCCCCAAAUUACGGACAAACAGAACAGAAAUGGCAGUCAUGGGCGGCCUGGAUGGUGACAUGUUCAACUACUACAAGAUGCUGAUGCUACAGGGGCUGAUUGCUGCUCGGAAACACAUGGACAAGGUGGUGCAGAUCGUGGAGAUCAUGCAGCAAGGUUGUCGCCGUUGCUCAGGAGCACCCCUGUCUGGCCCCAUGACGACGGUGGCCCAGGUCAUCUGUUCUCAGCUCCCUUGCUUCCACGGCUCCAGCACCAUCCGCAACCUCAAGGAGAGGUUCCACAUGAGCAUGACCGAGGAGCAACUGCAGCUGCUGGUGGAGCAGAUGGUGGACGGCAGCAUGCGGUCCAUCACCACCAAGCUCUACGAUGGCUUCCAGUACCUCACCAACGGCAUCAUGUGACACCCUCUCAGGCCCCAGCGCGGUGGGGCAUUCAGGGGACCCUCCCUGGGAGAAACCCCAAACCAGGAAACACCCACCCACCCACGGGAAAUGGAAGGCAAGAAAUACAAAGGAUCAUGUGGUGACUGGAGAGCUUGUCAGGGGAGAGCCAGCUGUGGGGUCCAGGCUUGCUGGGGCUUCCCUGCCCCCUGCGGUGUCAGUAUUACCACCUGAGGGACCCCAGGACUCACUGCCCCCCAGAGGAGAGAGGUGACAAAUGUGAGGGCACUGGGCCUUUCUUCUCGCCAGGGUCCAAGAGGUUCUUCCCACAGGCCAUCUUCUUAAUCUGUUCUAGGUCCCAGGAAGGGGAAGAGUGGGUUCUUGGUACUUACAAUUUGAUCCUGUGGUUCGCCUUUGGCCAUGCUGCUGCCUGACUGUUCCUCCCAGGACUGACUCCUAGCCUGAGGUCCCCUUGGCAGGUGGGCUCUGGCACAGGGUCCUGCCCUUGCUGAGUCCCCAUCACAGAGACCAGGAGGGUUAUCACAACCCCUCCCCUACAGAGGGAACUGGCCUAGCCACAGGGAAUUCCUUGCCCUGAUCCCUUCCCACAUCCAGGGAAAUAGCUCUCAAUUUUUUAAUUUUUGUUUGAAAUAAAGUCCUUAGUUAGCCAUG